AUGACGCCCACAUCUGUCGUAAACGUUGUCCGGUAUUCCGCUCUCGUCGCUGGUAUUGGGUAUGGUAUUGUGCACCGUCAAACCCUGCAGGCCAAGUACGACGAGCAUGUCCAGAAGAUGGCCAUCAAGCGCCAGGAAGACCUCGUGAAGCAGGCCAAGGAGGAAUAUGCUAAGAUUCGUGCGGCUAAAUCGGCUCCUCCAACUCCUAAUGCGAUUGUGACGAACCCGGAGGACCCGAACUUUGAUCUAGAAAAGCUUCUUAAGUACUGGGAAGAAAAGCUUUAG